AUGCCUCCCGCCGGCUCUACUACAAACGGUCGCUCCAAUCGCGCCAGUACCUCUAAAGUCACCCCUAGCUCCUUGGUGGUGACUUUAAAACUAUCUCCAAAGGCCUUACGCCAACUUCUAGGCGAACCCCUCGACGGAAACUCCCCUGAUGUCAACCUCGACAAGUCCGCAGAUCGCGCCUCGCCGGCCUCCUCUGCCGAAGUCCCUGCCGUCCGUCCUUCCUCUGCCGACAAUGGAUCUGAUGUGGAUGCCGCCUCAACACCUGCUGCUGGCGCAACUCCAGGAGACACCCCGCAGCGGAAGGGAGUCCCGGGUCCUAAGCCGGGCAACAAACGAUCAAACGGACAAAGCGAUGCCGCGUCGCGUUCAAGGGGAAGACCUGGGCCCAAGAAGAAACCCCGACUUGAUGAAGGUGGCGGCGACGCUGGUAAGCCAGCAGCUAACCACCGCAUUGGCCCCAAGGCCAAUACAGGUGCUAUAAAUGCUGGUUUGCGUGCCCUUGACCGUACCGGCGCUCCAUGUCGCAAGUGGGACCGACAGCCUCUGAAACUGCGCAGUUUCACCGGAGUUGCCUGGGAACUGCCUGCUUGGCACUCCUUCAAAACUGCGCACUUGGAUUCCGAGUUGAACAAAGAUGGCAUUCUUGAAAGCGGCGACAGUGACAGCAAACCCACUCUGGCGGUCCCAGGCCCCGACACCCUCAAUGGCAGCAGUGCUGUUCCAAGUGAGAAGAGCACCGGUGACGGCGACGGUGAUGUCACCCCUGCCCCGUCCACCAUGGUAGCACCCUCAUCUCCAGCGAUUGCCAUGGCGGCAUAA